AUGGGUGCCUCUGGGAAAUGGCUUAAAUCACUUAUAACUUUCAAUCAAGAGAAGGUGGGAGACAAGACGAAGAAGAAAUGGAGGCUGUGGAGGAGCUCGUCGGAAGGUUUGGGAUCCAAGGGUCUCAAAUUGUGUCACGUGGCUGCCUCUUCAUCAGAGGCCUCCAAUUCAUCUUCCAUGGCGGAUGAUGCGCUCGCUUCAGCUAUGGCUACCCUAGCUCGUGCGCCACCCAAAGAUUUCAGAGCAGUGAAGCGAGAAUGGGCCGCCAUUCGAAUCCAGACUGCAUUUCGAGCCUUACUGGCAAGACGAGCCCUAAGGGCCUUGAGAGCUGUCGUAAGGAUUCAAGCUAUUUUCCGAGGUCGUCGAGUCCGAAAGCAAACUGCUGUGACAUUACGGUGUAUGCAAGCUCUUGUUAGAGUCCAGGCUCGAGUAAGAGCCCAAUGUGCCAUACCUCCUGAAGGACAAGCUAUGCCCAAUGAAUGCCACAACCAAACUGAUCCGGCUAAACAAGCUGAGGAACAUUGGUGCGACAGCAUCGGAACAUUGGACGAAUUAAGAGCGAAAAAGCAAAUGAGGCAAGAAGGUGCAAUCAAGAGGGACAGAGCAAUAGCAUACUCUGCCCUGAACCAGCGAUCGCCUACGUAUGCGAGUCCGAAUUGGAGGGUGAAUAAGCCGCCAUUCUCUGGAAAGAAUCAAAGUCUAGGUUGGAAUAGUCCGGAUUGGAAUUGGCCUGAUUGGUGGAUGGCAAUCAAGCCCUGGGAAACCGGUGCUGUGGAAGAUAUUAUUGAACCAUCGGAGAUGACGAAGAGCAUGGUUUCUCGAAAAAGUGAAGAUAACAAGUUCAGUUUUCACUCUGGCUCUUUUGAACAUGAGCCCCUAAAAGUUAUAAGGAACAAUGUCACAACCAGAAUUCUUGUUAGGCCUCCUGCAUCCAUUCUAACUUCAGGUUCAUUGUCUUCCCCAAGUUCUGAGUCCGUCUAUGACGACAGAUCAACAUCGACCUCAUCCGCGUCCGUAUCUCAUACUACAUUGUCUAGCAACACUCCUAUUGCAGGCACUUCACAAGAUAAUCAUACUCGAAAACCAGGCUACAUGAACCCCACAGAGUCUAUCAAAGCUAAACAGAAGAAAUUCAGGUUUUCGCCGGACAAUAUGCGGAGGAGACGUGUGGAUGAUGAUGAUCUACAAUAUUUCCAUAAGAAAUUGAUGGCACUUUCUUGCGAGGACGACACGCGCGGUGGUCCGGAUUUGAAUCCAUCGUUAAAUCAGUGGCGUCAAGGAAGACGACAAUGA